GGAAUCUUCGCUUAUUUGAAUCAUUUGACUCCAAAAUCCCGCCAAGAAAUAGUUCAAGUGCUUCUUGACGGGUUGAAACAUUUGGAGAACAAGGGCUACGAUUCCGUUGGAAUUGCCAUCGAUGGAAAAUCAGAGAAAGGAAUUGAUGUGAUCAAGAUUGCUGGUAAAUUAAGUUUGCUGGAAAAAAAGAUAAAAGAGUACAGUUUAUCAUCCGACCUGUCAAACCUGGUGACAAGGCACGUCGGCUUGGCUCACACCAGGUGGGCCACGCAUGGUGAACCUUCCAAUGCCAACGCCCACCCACACAGAUCUGAUCCAAAUGCUGAAUUUGUUGUGGUUCACAAUGGCAUCAUCACCAACUACAAAGACCUCAAAACUUUCCUGUUAUCGAAGGGAGCGACGUUUGAAAGCGAGACAGAUACAGAGGCCAUCGUGAAGUUGUUGAAGCACCUCUACGAUGCGAACAAACAACAACCUCCUUCCUUCUCUGAACUCGUUGAAGGAAUCCUGCCUCACCUGGAGGGAGCGUUUGCAUUGGUGUUUAAGAGCGUGCACUACCCUGGAGAGGUCGUUGUUUGUAGACGAGGCAGCCCGCUGGUGAUUGGUGUGAGGAGCAAGACGAGGCUGGCCACUGAUAGGUUUCCAAUCGUCUACAGCAAAGGCUCAAACCACUUUGCAUGCUUGACCUUGACCUACAACAAGCCAAACAAUGACCUUUCGACCCUGGCGCCCAUGGGGGAUAACAAGGAAAUCGAGUUCUUCAUCUCUUCUGAUGCUGGGGCCAUUGUGAGCCACACAUCUCAGGUGAUCUACCUGGAAGAUGGUGAUGUGGCAGCAGUGCGUGGAGGUCAACUGACCAUCCACCGCAUACAUGCUGACCACACCUCCUCUGGCAUGGCCACCAGUACUCAAGUGUCCGACCUCAAGAUGGAUAUACAACAUCAUUCUAAAGGUGGCUUUAGUUCAUUCCUGAAGAAGGAGAUAUAUGAGCAGCCAGAAUCUGUUGAGAACACGAUGCGGGGGAGGGUCAACUUUGAAAAUCAUCAGGUGACAUUGGGAGGUAUCAAGUCGUACAUUGCAGAGAUAGGCAGGUGCAGGAGGCUUCUCAUCAUCGCCUGUGGUACCAGCUUCCAUAGCGCCGUGGCUACUCGUCAGCUGAUCGAGGAGCUGACGGAACUGAGUGUCAUGGUGGACCUGGCUAGUGACUUCCUGGACAGGAACACUCCCAUCUUCAGGGAUGACGUAUGCAUCUUCCUUAGCCAAUCAGGUGAGACUGCAGACACGUUGCUGGCACUGAGGUACUGCAAGCAGCGAGGCGCUCUCGUCCUCGGAGUGACCAACACGGCGAGUAGCAGCAUCUGCAGGGAGUCGCACUGUGGCAUCCACAUCAACGCUGGACCUGAGAUUGGAGUGGCCAGUACCAAGGCUUACACGAGUCAGUACAUUGCUCUGGUCCUCUUUGCUCUGGUCAUGAGCCAGGAUCGUAUCAGUAAGACUCCGAGGAGGAAUGAAAUCAUUGAUGGACUCAAGAAGUUACCUGGACAGAUCUCAGAAGUCUUGAAAAUGGACGUCCAGAUAGAGCAGCUAGCGCGGGAACAUGUGGACAAGAAGAGUUUGUUGGUGAUGGGAAGAGGUUACAAUUACGCAACAUGUCUCGAAGGAGCGCUGAAAAUAAAGGAGCUGACGUACAUGCACUCGGAGGGCAUCAUGGCUGGCGAGCUGAAGCAUGGUCCUCUGGCGUUGGUCGAUAGUGACAUGCCUAUGAUCAUCAUCGCCACCAGGGAUCCUGUGUACCCUAAAUGCAUGAACGCCCUGCAGCAAGUUACCGCAAGACGCGGCCAGCCAAUAGUGAUAUGCAACGUGGGUGAUAAUGAGACGAUGAAGCAUGCACACAAAUCCUUGCAGGUGCCCCAACAGGUCGACUGUCUGCAGGGCAUCCUCACCAUCAUACCCAUGCAACUUCUUGCUCUACACAUCGCUGAGCUCAAGGGAUUAGAUGUAUGUUCGCCUUUGUGUUUGUCUUUUUGCUUGUCUGUUUUUGUUUGUCUGUCUGCUUGUUUGUUUGUUUGCUUGAUUGCUUCUUUAAAUGUUGGUUUGUUUGCUUGUUGUAUAUGUUUAAUGCUUAUUUGCUUGUUUUAUUCAAACUUUUUUUCUUUUUUUUCUUCCUUCAUAAUUGAGCAGCUCAUCAGAAAUGUUGUUUUGUUAAUUGAACAUUGUGCGAAUGUGUUCGUCUUGCUGCAUGCUUCAAACGACCAUCAAGUUUGA